CAAAGCCGCGACAAUGCGGCCUUCCGCCUCUCGGUUCUUUGCCCGGAGUCCAUGGGUUUGCAAAUCAUGUAGGGCUAAUUUCUCUUCGACAACCUCGUGCGCAGCAAAGAAAACCAAGUCUCGCCUUCCUGACUCUCCGGCACGCACUCGUUUCGCCCCGUCUCCGACCGGAUAUCUCCAUCUCGGAUCCCUGAGAACGGCGUUAUUUAACUACCUUCUCGCAAAGCGGACCGGCGGACAAUUCCUUCUACGCAUUGAAGACACAGAUCAGAAAAGGACAAUUCCUGGCGCAGAGCAGAGGCUGUAUGAAGAUCUACAAUGGGCCGGUCUCCAGUGGGACGAAGGACCCGUUGUAGGUGGACCGUAUGGCCCUUAUAGACAGUCUGAACGGACGGCAUUGUACAAAUCCCAGGCGGAAAACCUCAUUUCCACAGGCCAUGCAUAUCGGUGCUUUUGCUCGUCAGAGCGCCUUGACAGACUCGCGAGACAUCGACAUGAUCUCGGCCUCGCCCCUGGAUACGAUGGCGCUUGCAUUGAUAUAUCAAAAGAAGAAUCAGAGGAACGGGCUGCAAAUGGGGAAGCCCAUGUCGUUCGAUUGCGAGUUGCAGAGUCCUAUCCCAUGUUUGAAGACAUAGUAUACGGCAAAACCGGACAGAACCGCGCAAGGAAUGGUGGCAAAAAAGCUGAACUUGUGGACACGUUCGUUGAUCCUAUCCUGCUGAAGUCUGACGGAUAUCCCACGUACCAUCUUGCAAACGUUGUGGACGACCAUUUUAUGAAGAUUACUCACGUUAUUCGGGGCACGGAAUGGAUGUCCUCAACUCCGAUGCAUGUAGCUUUAUACAAUGCCUUCCAAUGGCAACCACCCAAGUUCGGCCAUGUCCCGCUCCUCGUUGAAAAGAACGGCCAAAAGCUCAGCAAACGCAACGCAGACAUAGAUAUCGCGCAUUUCAGGGAUAAACAAGCGGUGAUGCCGGACACGUUGGUCAAUUUUGCUGCGUUACUAGGCUGGUCCCACCUACGGAAAUCAGAUGUGUUUAGUUUGAAGGAGCUAGAAGAGAUCUUCGAUUUGAAACUCACUAAGGGCAAUACGACUGUAGCUUUUGAGAAGCUCUGGUUCUUGCAAAAAUCCCAUGCCCAGCGGUAUGCAGCGACGGGCGGACCGAAGUUUGAUGAGUUGGUUCGGCUCGUGUCAAAUGCUGCCGAAUCAGUAUAUACUCCCGAGCAAUAUUCUCCUAUCCUGAAAUCCCGGAAUCUCAAAGAAUAUGUUUCUUCGAUUUUACGCGAGGGCCCUCGCUCAUAUACAAAUCCAACCGAAUUCAUCAACGUCAAUAAAUCAUUCUUCACUCAAACUAUCGAUAGGCCAGCUUAUACUCCCGCCACCACCACUUCCAGCGGGGAUGAAUCAACAAAGAUCCCCGUUUCAGCCCUUCACACUGCUGCAGCUGCCCUCUCCAUGGUUCCUGCAUCGCACUGGAACUCAGAGACACACCGUGCCAACAUCGAGGCAUAUAUGUACACCGAUCCCUCCCCUGAACUCGGACCUAAAGAGCAAAAGACAUCACAGCAGCUUUUUAGAAAAGAGCUAUAUCACUAUCUACGAUGGGCCUUGUCGGGCGGCACUCCCGGGAUAGGUAUACCAUCGACCAUGGAAAUCCUCGGUCGGGAGGAGAGUGUCAAACGGUUAGACGAAGCGAGGGAAGCAACAAAGUCAUUGGCUUCGGCGGAGAGGAGAGACAUCAGGCGCCCCAUGAAUCAGAAGGAGAGCGACAAAGGUAGUAACGAGUGGAUGGGUUCGUUGGCCGGAGCCGCAAAAUAGGUUUUUCUGGGAGAGAACAAAGGUGGAUGACGGAGGCUUUAGCGGGAGUGGGAGGCCUGACGGAGCUACACCUGGUAUUAUAGAGAGCACUUAUCAUAGUUGUACGAUUA